UCAGUUAUCCACACUUCCUUUUCAACCAGUUAAAUCUGGUGUGUUAUGUGCCAAGAUGUUGUUGUUGUUGUUGUUGUGGUAAUAACAUUACGUUCCUUUUAAAUCUCCAGAGUCCACCCACAUCCCAGUAGGGAUGAAGAAUGCCCUUGUUGCACGUUCUUCUUUUUUUAGUUUUUGAUACAAUCAGGUCAAUGCCUACAUUUGCUUUAUGGUUGUGCAAUUAUUUUUAGCAUCAUGAUGAGGCACAGCUCGGUUGCCCUCGUGCCCGUUUCUUGCCACGCCUCUUUGGGGCUUGGCAUAUUUGUGCGUGGCCCCAGCCCUUUGCCCCUGCCAUCUCCCUGGGCGAUGAGGGAUUGCGUCCUUCCCCACGCGGCUCAUUGGCUUUCAGGCAUCGCCAGGCAACGAGAGAACACCAAACUUCAGAGGCCAGGUCCGUUUCCAUACAGCUCAGAUCGGCUUGCUCAUUGGCCAGGAGCGUUGCCUGUAGCAACAGGAAGACGCUGAUCGGAGCAGUCUUUAUUGCAGCCAAGCAUCCUUGAGGCCACUCAGCAGGGGAAUUUCCUAGGCUAGGGGAGCCCCCUCCCUGCCCUGCCCAGGGCUCUUGGCCUCCUUCUGCGCUUUGCCAAGCUACCAGUGGAGCCAUGUCUCAGCCUGCCGUGCUUCUCACCAAGGAACCUGCUCCGCAGAGCAUCCCUGUCUCUGAGCUUCCCAUGAAGGUUUACGAGCCGGCUCUGAACACCGGCCCUGAUUCAUCAUGUGGCUUGGCCACAGCGGGCUUCCGCACAGCCAAGUUCCUGCCCGAAGAAUGGCACCAGCAUAACUACACCCAGUACCAUGAGGCCUUUGCUGACCGUGACCACUCCGAGCGGUGCCGCCACGAGUCCCAGAACCUGGCCACUUACACGGCGGAAUUGGCCCAGCGCACGCAGGAGGACUCCACGACCAAGGUGGGCGAGCGCCUGCAGGACAUCCACUUCUGGAAGUCGGAGCUCCAGAGGGAGAUUGAGGACCUUGUGGCUGAGACCCAUCUGCUGUCAGCUCAGAAGCUGCGACUGGAGCGCGCCAUCGAUGCCACAGAGCUUCCCUACAGCAUUGCCAUGGACAACCUGCAGUGCCGUGAGCGCCGGCAGCAUCCCGACCUGGUGAGGGACCAGGUGGAGGUGGAACUGCUGAAGGAGGCAGAGCUCAUCCGAAAUAUCCAGGAGCUCCUGAAAAGAACAGUGAAGCAAGCUAUUAAUCAGAUGCAGUUAAAUCGGGAUCACAAGCAGGUCUGUGAGAUGGACUGGUCUGACAAGGUGGAAACCUACCACAUCGAUGAGAAAUGCGGGCGGUACAGCAACCAGAGCACCAACAUUCAAUUUCAUCCCAGCUCAUCCAAGUUUGAGGACAGUGCUUCCACCCCAGAGACGUGGGCCAAGCACAGCCACGACAACAUCUAUCGGGCUGAGCGAGAGAAGCUGGCCUCCAUCAACCUCCGCUCCCUCGUCGACCACAUUCUCCACGAUACGGCCGAGGACCUGCACCUGCAGUGUGACGUGGUGAAUCAGGCUUUUGCCCAGCGCUGUGAGGAGUUGGAGGAUGCCAAGCACAAACUGGAGCACAAUUUACAAAAAACCCUCCAGGAGAUUGGGCACCAGGAGCACAACAUCAAGGCACUGAAACAAGCUAUUAAAGACAAAGAAACACCCCUCAAAGUAGCACAGACGCGGCUUUACGAUCGUUCAUUUAGGCCCAAUGUUGACCUCUGUAGAGAUUCUGCCCAGUUUAGGCUCAUUAGCGAAGUGGAAGAACUGACCGAAUCCAUUGAAGCUCUCAAAAAGAAGCUGCUGGAAUCUGAGCAAAGCCUCCGGAAUCUGGAGGACAGCCGGAUGCAUCUGGAGAAGGAGAUCGCCGUGAAAACCAAUAGCAUUUUUAUUGAUCGGCAGAAAUGCAUGGCCCAUCGUACCCGAUACCCAACUAUCCUGAAAUUGGCAGGCUAUCAGUAGGGAAGUCAUCACUCUAGAGGUGAAAUGAGCAACCAGAUUUGGUCUCUGCAAGUUCUACUUUUCUAGAAAUGUCGUUCAUUGCUGAGGAUGCCAUUCAUCAGGCAUGUAAACUCCUAACCCUGACCUUAUCCUAACCUGGGAUAAAUUAAAAUGUAGAGUUAUUGUGUAA